ACCGGAUAUUACCGUGACGCGGAGGUCAGAAGCUCUCUCUCACAGCCAUCUUGGAUUUAGCGUCCCGAGUCGCAACCAUGCCUGGUGAAGCCACAGAAACGGUCCCCGUCACCGAGCAGGAGAUGCAGCAGCCUCAAGUCGAGACCGCUGUAGGAGUAUUGAAUUCUUCUGCUCCUCCUGAGACGGCCAUUCCUGUGAGCAAAGCAAUGCCACUGGAGAAUCCUCCAGAAACCCCUGUUCCUGCUGAAGUGACGGACUCCCCAGAAGAAGCAAGCGUUCAGACUACUGGUGAUCAAGCAAAUGGUGUCGCUGCGACUGAAGAAAUUACUGAGAGCACUGAAGAGACUGAGUUGGCGGCAACACCUGUCCCAGAACAAGAGACGACUGCUGACCCAGCAGGAGCUUCGUCUGACCUGCCAGUUGCUGAAGAGUCUGUGCCUUCUGCUGAGACCCCCAUUGUUUCCUCAGAAGAGCCAGAGUCUGCAGCUCCAGCUGAAGAGGUACAGAUUCAGGAGUCUGUUGUUGUUGCUCCUGAAGAAUCGGCCUGCCAAGAGGUGGCGCAGAUUUCUGUUGAGGAAAAAGUCCCUGAAGACGAGCCCUGUGCAGUGGCAGAAGUGAUUCCUGAUGAUCCAAAACCAUCUGCUCCUGAAGAUGUCGUUGAGACCAGUGAAGAAGUGAAGGUGACUGAUGCCCCAGUGACUGAGGUAGAAGAGUCGAGGACCAUUUGCCCGGACGCAGUUGAAGAUAAAGUAUCGCCUAUUGAAGUCAAUGUCAACGUGGCUACUCAAAAUGAAGAUCUCGAUAAGAAAGAAGCCGUACCACUUCUCUCCAAGGCCAUUCAGUCAAAGGAGCCCUCCAAAUGUGAUCGCCCACCUCAUUCCACUUGCCAUCUGUCAGGAUCCGGUACAGAGUCAGACAGCGAUGACUCAGUCCCUGAUCUGGAGGAACAGGAUUCUGCACAGACACAGACACAGCAAGCUCAGCUUGCAGCUGCUGCUGAAAUAGACGAGGAACCAGUCAGCAAAGCCAAACAGAGCCGCAGUGAAAAGAAAGCACGAAAGGCAAUGUCAAAGCUUGGUCUCAGGCAGGUAACAGGGGUCACCAGGGUCACCAUUCGCAAGUCAAAGAACAUCUUGUUUGUCAUCACUAAACCAGACGUCUACAAGAGCCCUGCAUCAGACACAUACAUCGUCUUCGGUGAAGCUAAGAUCGAAGAUCUUUCCCAGCAAGCCCAGCUGGCUGCCGCAGAAAAAUUCAAGGUACAGGGAGAAGCUGUAUCAAACAUCCAGGAAAACACACAGACGCCAACAGUACAGGAGGAAAGCGAAGAAGAGGAGGUGGAUGAGACCGGAGUGGAGGUCAAGGACAUCGAACUCGUUAUGUCACAAGCCAACGUGUCGCGAGCGAAGGCUGUACGCGCUCUGAAAAACAACAACAACGACAUUGUCAAUGCUAUUAUGGAGUUGACGAUGUAAUGGGACCCUGGCAACAAAGGGUUGAAGAAAGGUUGCUGAUUUAAGCUCAUUUAUACAAUUUAUACCCAAGAUGGAAAUAAAGUUGUGGCUUGAUAAAUUGAAA